AUGUCAUACUCAUCUCGACCCCUCGGUUCGCAUCUGCGACAGCAGUCCAUGGGUGGUAGUCUGGGUUCAUCUUCUGGUCAAUCCCCCGUCUUACAAGCGCGCAUCAAUGAGAAAAGGGCAGAGUUAGAAAAUCUAAAGCAACUGCGAGAUUUGAGCGCAGGAUUGGCUGGACAGAUGCAAAUGUUGGAAGAGAAACUCUCGACUCUUUCAGAUGGAACAGAAGCAGUCGCAACAGUGUUGGGCAACUGGCACAAUGUUCUGCAAGCUAUUAGCAUGGCAUCCAUGAAAAUACCGAAACCCAAAGAAUCAAACGAUGGAGAAGAGGAAUUGGAAAAGAGAACGGGACCUGAAAUACCAUUACCUCAAACUCUAGUCCGAAUACCUACAGAGCACGCGCCAAUGCUACAACCAUCCAAAAAUGAAGAAUCGAAUGAAUGA